AUGUUCAAGGAGCAUAGCAAGGGACUCGGUAGAAGGAAUUUGUAUGGAUCUACUAUCCCAGACUUCCCUACAGGCUUCGAUACCCUCGUCGUGCGGAAUAUUGGUGUACAAAGAUGUGACGUCCAUAGUCACGAGGAGGUGUUCCACAGUCUAGGAACAACUGGUCAGAGGUCAGUUAACAAAACACGUAAACCCCACUCGAGACGCUUUAAACGCAUUAAGACAAUCGCGAGGGACGGACCCAUACAAACUCUUGACGUCUGCCCAGUGCUCAGUACAUCUAGUGCUCCUCUCUCCGAAUCGGAGACCUCACUUCUUUCCAAGGGGCUAAAUUUCUGCCCCACGCCACAUGAGGUCGACGAAAAACAAGUCAGAGAGGACACCCAAGCAUUCUUCCGGAGACUUCGUUUGAAGGAGCACUACUCUAGAAAAGACUCCGAAGUAAAUUCAUACGACUCUUCCAAGCCAGAUUUACACGACCUAGAGGAACACAAACUCUAUAAGCCCAAGAGUGACUGGGAACCUGCACCGGGCAAAUGCGGCGCGCUUGAGUCGUAUAUUGACGCCGUUGAGUCAGACAUAGAGAAGCUCCUUUCAAUGCCAGACAAGACUCCCCACAAUUUGAGUAAUGAAGAGAGAUCUGCCUUACAAUCAUUAAAAAAUCGGGAUGACAUUGUAAUCAAGAAAGCAGACAAAGGAUCUACAGUUGUAGUAAUGGAUAAAGUGACUUACAUGGCGGAGGCCCAAAGAAAACUCUCAGACGAACGUUUCUAUAAGAAACUGGACUCUGACCCUACUAAAGAAUUCUCCACCGCCAUUACCAAAACUCUUGACGAUAUGUUUGAGAAAGAUGAGAUUGGUAUCAAAGUCUAUGAGACCUUAAAUCCUAUUGACUGUAGACCAGGACAAUUCUAUCUGCUUCCUAAAAUACACAAAGAAGGCAUGCCAGGUCGCCCCAUUGUCAGCGCAAUUGGACACCCCACGGAGAAAAUUUCUGAAUUCAUUGAUUUACAUCUCCGUCCACACGUAGAGAGUUUGCCAUCCUAUCUCAAGGACACCACGGACUACAUUAACAAGACGCCCUCUACUGGCCUCCCUGAUCAUACCCUCCUCGUGACUAUGGACGUCACAUCUUUGUACACCAAUAUUCCGCACGAUGAGGGUAUCGAAGCCUGUAGGGAAGUCUGGGAUAGUUAUUCUUCAUCAAGUAUAGUUACGCCAUUUUGA